AUGUCAAAGGCGGCCGGAGGCGCAUCGGCGGCGGCUGCGGCGGCGGAAAGUUGUCCCCCAAGCUCUGCCGGCCCGUCUGCGGCCACUGCCGUGGAGGACCUGUCCAAAGUGUCGGACGAGGAGCUGCUGCAGUGGAGCAAGGAGGAGCUGAUCCGCUGCCUGCGGCGCGCGGAGGCGGAGAAGGUGAGCGCGAUGCUGGACCACAGCAACCUCAUCCGCGAGGUCAACCGCCGCCUGCAGCUGCACCUCGGCGAGAUCCGCGGGCUCAAGGAUAUUAACCAGAAACUCCAGGAGGACAACCAGGAACUGAGGGACCUCUGCUGUUUCUUGGAUGACGACAGGCAGAAAGGCAAGAGGGUGUCCCGGGAGUGGCAGAGACUGGGCCGCUACACGGCAGGGGUGAUGCACAAGGAAGUGGCCUUAUACCUGCAGAAGCUGAAGGAGCUGGAGGGGAGGCAGGAGGAGGUGGUGAAGGAGAACAUGGAGCUCAAGGAGCUCUGCGUGCUGCUGGACGAGGAGAAGGCCGCGGGCUGCGCGGGCAGCCGCUGCUCCAUCGACAGCCAGGCCAGCCUCUGCCAGCUCGCUGCCGCCACCACGGCGCCCUACGUGCGGGACGUGGGCGACGGCAGCAGCACUUCCAGCACAGGCAGCACCACCGACAGUCCGGACCACAAGCAUCACGCGAGCGGCGGCAGCCCGGAGCACUCCAAGCCCAGGGCCUCCGCGACCCCAGAUCACCCCAAAGCCCUCAAGGGACCCAGUCCCGAGCACCACAAACCCUUGUGCAAGGGCAGCCCCGAACAGCAAAGGCACCCGCACGCGGGGAGCAGCCCCGAAACGCUGUCCCAGCACGUGCUGAGCGGGAGUCCGGAGCACUUACAGAAGCCCAGGCCCGGGGGCAGCCCCGAGCACGCCAGGCACAGCGGAGGGAGCCCCGAGCACCUUCAGAAACACGCCUUCGGCGGGAGCCUGGAACAGCUACCCAGGGCCCGGGGCACCAGCCCGGAGCACCUCAAACAGCAUUACGGGGGGAGCCCCGAUCACAAACACAUGGGCGGAGGCGGCGGCGGCGGCGGCGGCGGCGGCGGCGGCGGAGGCGGCGGUGGCAGCAGGGAGGGCACCCUCCGAAGGCAGGCGCAAGAGGAUCUGUCACCCCAUCACCGGAAUGUCUACAGUGGCAUGAACGAAUCAACCUUGUCCUAUGUUAGGCAGCUGGAGGCAAGAGUAAGACAGCUGGAGGAGGAAAAUCGCAUGCUGCCCCAGGCUACCCAGAAUAGAAGGCAACUUCCAACUAGAAACAGCUCAAAUAUGGAGAAAGGCUGGGGGCCCAGAGCCCGGCGGGUCUUGCAGUGGUGGCAAGGGUGCCGAGGAAUAGGACGAUGCCUGCCCACUCUCCCGGGUUCUUUUAGGUUGUCAUCAGGGGCUGAUGGGAGUAACAGUUCACCCAACUCUCCAGCUAGCUUCAGUGGACAUACCACACCUUCUCAGCAGCCUGAACCCGUGGUACACUCUCUUAAGGUCUUGGAUGUUCAGGAAACUAUAGAUCGUCAACAGGGUAAAGAGUAUGAACAUGACCUUAGUGAGACAGAAAAAGCUAUAGUCAGAGAAAUGUGCAAUGUUGUAUGGAGGAAACUUGGAGAUGCUGCAGGUUCGUGUCCUGGAAUUAGGCAGCAUUUGUCUGGAAACCAGUACAAAGGACCCAUGUGAGGAGGACUCUCUUUCAAACAUGACAUCACCACUGCCAGAGAGACAGAAGAAAAGAGUGGCUUUCCACAAACCUGGACUCAUGGA